CUUCAAAGCGGUCGGAAAAGAGUACCGUUUAUGUUCCGCGGCAUUUGGUGGCACUAGUCUAUAACCUCAACGUCAUACCUGCACUACUUUCACAUACAUCAUGACAACAUUACGUUUCCAGCAGAUUCAUCACAAUGUCGACUGGUGUUGGUAUGAGCGAGUGUUGCCUUUCCGGCAAGGUCCACGACGGUACUCCCACUGGCAAGAUUGAGACAAUUGGCGAACUUCCCACUUAUGUCGCAGCGCCAAAGGAUGGAUCGAAAGCGAAAUCAAUUGUGUUCCUUGUUGACAUCUUCGGGUGGGAAUUCAAGAACGUCAGGCUUCUAGCCGAUAACUAUGCCAAAGCUGGAUUCUAUUGCUAUGUUCCUGACGUCCACCAAGGAGAUUCUCUUCCACUCGACUUUCUGAACUCUGUCGAGCCUCCUCUCAAGGUACGCGAACAACAAACCAUCAUAGACAAAACCAAGAGCACUGCCGUCGUCGGUACGACGUUGCCACCUUGGUUGGUGAAGCACCGAGAAGGUGUCAGUAAGCCGUUGAUCGAUUCCUUCAUCAGCUCCGUUCGUCAAAUUCCAGGAACUGGAAAGGUUGGAGCUAUCGGUUUCUGCUGGGGAGGACGCUACGCAAUUCUCGCAUCACAUGGAGAAGUCGAUGCCGCUUAUGCUUGUCAUCCCUCACUCGUUGCUGUACCCAGCGAUUUCGAACCAGUAAGCAAACCGCUCAGCUUGGCUGUAGGCGACCAAGACAGUCUCUUAGAUAAUGGCACUGUUGGACAAAUUCAAGAUCUCAUGGCCAAGAAGACUGAGCUUCCUCACGAGUUGAGGAUUUACGAAGGUCAAAUCCAUGGGUUCGCUCUCAGAAGCGACUGGAGCUCUGAGGUUGAUAGAAAAGCAAUGGAUGAGGCAGAAAAGCAGGGGAUCGAAUGGUUCAACAAAUACUUAGCGUAAUUACGCUUUGCUACGCCUCACGGUGCUAAUGAUAUUGGAGGAUCCAUGGCACCACUGGCUGAAACCUGUACGACCUAGCAAUAAACGGCAAGAUAUGCAAGUCCCCG